ACAAUAAAUAAUAAUAAUAAUAAUAAUAAUAAUAAUAAUAAUAAUAAAGUAAAUCGCAUUAGCCGCAGAAAUGGUCCGGGGGUGUGCUUUUCCCAGCUGCGCCAACAAGAUGACUAAAAGAAGUGGACUCAGUUUUCACCGUCUUCCUUUCCACACCCCGAGAACCCUGCACUUGUGGCUGCUCGCCCUGCGGAUGGACGUCAACACCCCGAGGAAUAAACUCCGCGCGGCGGAUCUGAGAGUGUGUGGAGCUCACUUCUCUGAUCAGGACUUCUUCACAGAAACCGCCCGCAAAACCACACGCAAACUCCGGUGUCUGAAGAGAUCAGCUGUCCCUCAUUCGGACCCGGGGCAUUUCUGGGGCAUGACUGAACCUGAGGAUUGUAUCCUAAAAGAUGAGCCCCGACCAGUGAUUAUAGGGCAAUAUGAGAUUGUUACAGUGCCUCAACCUGAUCACAAAGCUGUCAAGAGCCUUCAGCCUUCUUAUCAAGGAACUGACAUUUUUAAGAGCAGUGAGGUGAUGGUGAACACACACUGUCUGCUGGAGCUUUUCCAGUUCUGCUGGCGUUGUCAGAAAGAGUGCUGUAUUACCGUUGAGGGCAACGAGAGGCUGUUUUCAGUCACACAGGACUGUCAGAGUUGUGGACACCACAGAGACUGGAGGAGUCACCCGCCUUCAGCCGAACCUGCACAGACCUUUCAUAAUGACCCCAAAGACCAUGUAGAGACAUUUGAUGAAAAACAUGAGGAUAAUAAUGAUGCAAAUUCAUACAUAGAGGUAGAACACACGUUGGAGCCUGGAGAUGAGGAUAGUGAGGAGGUUGUGGUCCAGAUUGGGUCAUCGGAUCAUGAGGGCAGUGAGCAAAGCUAUGAGCAGAUGUACAUCGAAACAGAUGGGUCAUAUUUUUCAAGUACAGAAGAGGAAACAAGCUUGCAGGAAGAGAUGAAGAAGAAGUCUAAAAAGUCUAAAAGUAAAGACAGUUCAGAUGAAUGGCAGCCAGAUUUGGGUGAAGUGGCCACCGACUCCGAUGUGUCCAUGGAUGAAGAUCUGUUCACAGCUUUAAAGGAGGACGGUCAGGGUAAACUUGUGGUGUGGUGUACACAAUGUGGGACCGAGGCCUCGCUCUCCUGCUCUGUCCUUCGACACAAAAAGGUGUUCUGCUGCGCUCGGUGUGAUGCUGGCGGCGAUACUGAGAUGCUUAGUUUAGAAAAACUAGCAGUUCGUUUUGACGACUUGGCCAGUUUUCAGAAACAUGCUGAACAGGACCACGGUGUCAAAACAUUCUAUAAGCUGUGCCAGGAAUGUGGGAAGUUUGUUAUAGCGGACCCUCAAACUAAAGGUUUGAAAGAACAUAAAUGUGAACAAAAGAUCCAAUUCAUUGUCUGUCCGGAGUGUGGGAAAAGAUUCCUCACUGAGGUCGGCUUAAAGAGACAUUGUACCAAACUCCAUGAGGACGCCGACCACCCAUGUAAAUACUGUCUGAAGGUGUUUAAGAACAGACCAGCAAAACUGGAACAUGAACAGACUCAUCCUAAGGAAAGACAGCCAUACAGCUGUCCAGACUGUCCAGAGAAAUUUGACAAUCUUUACAAACGCAACAACCACGUCAAAUCCCACCGAGGUCCAUAUAAGUAUUUGUGUGAUAUAUGUGAAAAGCGCUUUAAAGAUCUCCACAGGCUGAGGAGGCAUAAGCUCAUCCACUCUGGAGAAAAGCCUUUCAAAUGCCAAGUGUGUGAGCGGUCCUUCAACCAGAUGGAAAACCUCACUUCUCACAUGCGGGUCCACACUGGAGAGAAACCUUUCAUGUGUGAGCAAUGCGGAGAGUGUUUUAACCACAACGUCAGCCUGAAGAACCACAAGCAACGACACCAUGACUUGGUUUUGAGUCAGGAGGAAGAUGACACGGGGUGAACUAGAGAAUAAGGAACUGAAAACAGCGGUGGAUGUUCCAUAACAAAAGUCAGACCACAUGACCACAUGAAAUGAAUACAAUGGAACAUGAUACAGUGUUGCCAUAACGUGUCUGUUUUUUCCUCCUCUUGUAGUUUGAGUACUAUUCAGGCAGAGAUGUUGCUUCCCUAAUGAGUUUCCUUUUGAAUGCCAUGUACAUUUAUUGUUGGGCGUUUAAAACCAAAAUCACUGCUUGAUUGGGUGGGAAGCAAUACAGACAAGCACUUUCAGGAGUGGCAUCAUACUUAAGAAAAUGGAAGGCAUGCUAAUUAUUACCUCACCUACCCACGUGAAAGUAAUUCCAUCUGAAUAUGACCUACAGUAACUGGAACUAUAGACUUUAAAAGCACCCUGUGGAGCCAUGACCUGUAAAGAGACCAAAUAAUAAUGAUCAGAAAGAGAAAUUAUGGGUUAUUUAAUUUGCACGUACCCCACUCUUGGGGGAAAAAAAAAAAGGGUUCCUCAAAGGUUCUUUGGAUGGUUAUGGGUUCAAGAUUCCUUAAGAAGUUCAGUUUGUAACCAUUUUACUAGAUAGGAAGCCUCUAUGUUCUACCUCGUUCAUUUACCCCAAGUGUUCGGUACAUUUGCUGAGAUGAGAAAGCUGAGCUCACCUUGGAGAGGUGCAUGGAACUGCUCCCUGAACUGGGGCUUGCUUCAAUUGAAUCCCUUAUGAUCUGUGUCGGGUGUGGAAAUUAUCCACUCUCAGCACUGCAUGUCGAGUAACUUGAUCGGUUUAUCAUGUUACUUCCUGGUUAAAAGUUUCUCGAUGGUGGGAAAAGGUUUGUCAUGGUCAGAAGAGACAAAACCUAAUCGAGGUGUUAUACAUGCAAAUGGACACAACCGAUAAAAUCACUGAAUUGUUUUUAUAUAUGCAGGCAGCUUCAGCUACAAUUCCAGCACUGUUUGUUUUGGUACCGAAAAAAAAGAGCAAGGAUUAACCUUCAUGUACAAAAGGGACGUACAGAAUUGCACAAUCGAUCAAUGGUUUGGAAGGAAUUCUUUUAUGUGAAAGCAAACCUGGGUGCAGACUCAUGUAUUCGGGCCAAGUACGAAAAUGUCCCUAGAAACAUUCAAAACUUCUCUGAAAUGGACAAAGCAAAGAACCUUAUAGAGUCCUAGAUAAAAAAAAAAAAACUUUUUUCUAAGACUGCUGAUGAAUACAUCUGACCCUAUGACAUAGGUCUUUAUCCUUUUAAAUAGUCAUUUAUGUCUAAAACUAUAAAAAAUACAAAGAGUAAUGUGGAAUUCUGGAAGGAUUUAUCAUUCAUUUGUCACAAAUGUUUUGAAAAAUUGUCCAAAAACAAACCACAACGAAUACAAAAUAUUUCCAGACUCUUUUAUGCAUAUGCACCAUUCCUGGUGUUUGAAAAGCAGACAUGCUGUGGUUGACCGACAAUAAUGUAUUGUAUACAAGGUUUUAUUGUAUUCCUUGAGAGAAAAUAUGGAUAUCUUUGUUGAGAGAUACGUAAAUGACCAUCUGAGCACAUCACUGUUCUCUAUAAUAAAAAUAUAAAUUUAUCACUGGGUAAAAUUACCUGCAGAGCAUGGUUUUAUUUCUAAAUCUACACUGUAGGUUUAACCAGGAUAGGAAUAAGUCAUGUUUUCCGAGUCUGGGUUAAAAUGUGGUGGGAAAUGAUCAACAUUGCGAAGACACCAAGGCGUGUCACAAUACCAGAUCCACGUGGUCCUGACGCCUAUGAUAAGAUGUUCUUUAUUCCCAUCUGAUUCUUUGUUAAUUGGAAAGCUGGGAUGAAAUACUGAAAUGUUCUUUGCUUUAAUUACAAGUACAUAACCAAUGCAUCAAAAUCAUAGUGACUUUAGAUAGAGGAGCAUAAAGGUAUUGUUGCUCUUGCUUAAUUUGGACCGUGACGUUUGACUGAAAAGAGAAGCUCUACCUUGUCGAGUUAAAGGAAUUACUAUUUAUGACUGUUUGUGUUUUGUGAUGAUAAGACCACUGUUGGCUGGAGAGUUUUGUUUGGCAGACUGUUCUUAAGCUGUCUUAUGAACAAGCUCCAAGUGAGACACUUGUACCAGAGCAGUACCCUAACAGCAUUACAGUGUCGGUAUAAGCGCUUGAGAAUGAUCCACCAGUUAAAUAAAGUGUUUAGCCAUGGUCUCUUUAGUGGUCCUCUUUUAUUAAUGGAUGAGGUCGAGGGUAAUAGAACAUUGUGCGUAAUUGUAUAAUAAAGAUUUGUACCUGAUAAAAACUUCAAGGGGUUAGUAUAUAAGGUAGCGCAUAUGUUAAUUUGACUAUUUAUUCUUUUUUCUCUGAGCUAAUAUGUUUUCUACUAUUUCCAGAUUCUCUGCUUCUUGGUAAACAAACUAACAAUGUCCUUUAAUUCUGUAACCUUUAUAAGUCAUAGGCUUAUAUAGUCAUAGGCUUAAGCUGAUUGAGCUAAAUGCAUGAACAGGAAUGUUAUUGAAAGCAAGAUUUGCCAAUUGUGUGCGUCAGUGUGUAAAGUUUUCUGAAAAUAGUAUCUAUAGACACGUCCCUGAUGACUUCAUUAAGCAUUAUGUCGAAUUGGUCUUCCAGGUUUUGUAUUAUUAAGGAAAGUAUUACUUCUACACCUCCUACAUCAUUUCCUGUUGCUCACAUCCCCAGUGUUCACUUGAUGAAUGACACUUAAAGAUGGGUCCAACAGUUGAUUUUGGUAUGUACGAUAUGAGCGCUUUGGUUAUUUCGCUGAAGAACGUCUGGGUUUCUUAAGCCCACUGUGGUCUUCUUUAUUUCCACUACCUUUUUGGCUUGUUGUGGCGAGGCAAUAUCACCACACUCUUCACAUUUUUCACAUCGUUAAAAUGUCACUCCGUAUC